CUCUCUCUCUCUCUCUCUCUGUGUGGGAGUGGCCUGCUGCAGGUCACGUGGUCAGAGCCUUUGUUGAUGUGAUUCAGUGGAGAAAGAACAGGAGGACAAAAAAAAAAAAAGAAGUCGUCCCGGUCCGACCGACCUACCGAAUCCAUCCAUCCGUCCUCCCCGGCGCACACUCACUCCUCUUCGGCCUGGAUGCUGCUGGAAGCCGCUUCGGACCUCCACCUGGAUCUUUUUCUCCGCGGAACGUUCCGCGGUGCUCGCCGCCCGGUUUGAGUGCGAGGCAGCGGGGCUGGGGGAUGGAGGCUCAGUCCGGGCUGUGAGCAGACUGGUUUGAGGGGGUGGUGGAGGUGUGGGGGGUCGGUGUGUGAAGCCCCGGGCCCUGCUUUGCUUUGUUAUCCUGGGCUUCAUUUAGCAGCCCUCCUCCCGGCUUUCUCACCGUGUUUUCCAGCCUUUUUGGGUCCGUUCGCGCACGGAGCCGUCCCCCGGAGGACUGUGUGGACAGAGGAGGGGACACAUGGAGAACAUUUGGAUUUAAUCUCUCUGUAUUCUUCUCUUUCUGCGGGCUGCUUGUGUGUUGAUGACUGAAGGACGAAUCCAGAAAAACGGAUUCAGUUAAUCUCUCUCUCUUUAUAUUUCUAUCCUCUUUCCACUCGUCUGUUUCUCUCUGUACAGCUCUGUCUAUCCCUACACACACCUUUCUACACCUCCAUCUCUCUAUAUAGAGAAAUAUCUCUCUUUACCUCCCUAUCCCCCCCUCCUCUUCACAGCCAUUUAUCUCCAUCCAUCCCUUUAUCUCUCCCCACUGUCUGUCUGUCCCUCCAUCUGUCUCCCCCUCCCACCGCCCUCCAUCAUGGCUCCAGUGUACCGGUUCUCCUGGUCCUGCUGCCUGCUGGUGCUGCUGGUUCUCCCCGCCGUCCGGAGCUCGUUCCCCCGCAGCGGAGGCGGCAGCAGCACGGACUGCGGCCCCGGGAAGGCCGCCGACUGCCCAGAUCUGUCAGAGAAGAAGAGCGACCUGCGUGUGUGUGACGCAGGGACGUGUCGCUUCGGAGGAAUCUGCCGCGAGAACGGAGCCGACAUCAAGUGCGUCUGCCAGUUCCACUGUCAUAAGAAGUACGUCCCCGUGUGCGGGUCGAACGGAGACACGUACCAGAACGAGUGCUUCCUGAGGAGAGCCGCCUGCAAGAAACAGAGAGCCAUCACCGCCCUGUCAGAGGGACCCUGUUACCACGACGGUGGUUCGGGAUCUGGCGAUGGAGAUGAUGAAGGCUCCGGUCGCGGGAAAAAGGCCUCAAAAUGUGGAAACUGCAAGUUUGGAGCCGAGUGUGAUGAAGACUCCGAGGAUAUGCUCUGCAUGUGUAACAUUGUGUGUAACGGCCACAACGACAACCCGGUGUGCGGCAGCGACGGCGUCACCUACGACACGCCGUGCCACGUCCGGGAGGCGUCCUGCCUCAAACAGCUGAAGAUCGACAUCAGACACGUGGGACGUUGCCAAGAUAAAAGUAGGAAGGACGACAGCAUGAAGACCAAACCAGACGUCUAUGCUGUGUCCAAACCUGGUGAGGGGGAGGGAUUUGUGGACAGCCCCGCCCCCUGUCCUGAAGACUACGCCCAGUUCUGUGAACACGGCCACUGCGAGAUGAGACACAACCUGCCCACCUGCAGGUGUGAGGCGGCGUACGGUGGUCCUCAGUGCGAUCAGCUCCUGGACUUUAACAUCCUGUACGUGGUGCCCAGCGGUCAGAAGCUGCACUACGUCCUCAUCGCCGCCAUCAUCGGAGCCGUCCAGAUCGCCGUCAUUGUAGCCGUGGUCAUGUGCUUCACCAGGAGGUGCAACAAGACGAAGCGUGGCCGGAGACAGAAGCAGCACCUCGGUCACUUCCCGUCAGGAACGUCCUCCAGGAUGAUGUAGCUGCUCUUUUUCCCUCUCUAAUGUUUUUAUGAAAAGUCUAAAUUUUUCGUACCACACAGACAGACUGCAGUUUUGAUAUCUCGACUUUUUGGUGCCUCUUUUGUUUUCCCUUUUUUAAAAAAUAAUUUUUGAAUUUCUUAAGGGGCCUUAUUUUUCAGAUUUUCCUCCAUGUUGUUUUUUUCCAUCUGGACAGUUUUGUCUCCGCACUGUCUGCAGAUGAUGACGCUGCCGUCCUCUCAGACUCUGAAACACUGUGGAUCCUCCGGCAGGAAACAUUAUUUAUCUGAUUGUAUCUUCACUUUGGACCGUCCUCAUACAAACUGGAAUAAGAGAUUGUCUCCGUUUAUUUUAACCCUAUGGGACGCAGAUUGAUGCCGUUUUUGUGCUUUUGUUUGGAUUUAUUUUAAAAGGAAUAUUAACGAUUGUUUCACCCUGUUUAUGUGGAAUAUAAGUCUAGAUCACUGCUGAAUACUUAAAGUUCAAAUUUAAAUACGGCUGGAUUUGACUGAAUAUGUAGUUUUUAGAAUUUUUUUAGGAUUCACAAAACUAAAUUAAAUAUUGUUUGAUUUCUCCAUAAAAAAACCAAUGUAGCUGCUAAAAUGGGAUCAAUUAAAUUCAAAAUGGCAAAGUUGAGCAUCUGGACUACAGAGGAUAAACAUACGUAUGAGAGGAAGAAGUAUCUCUGGUAGAUUGGGAUUAGUGGAGUUUAAAUGUUAUAAAUUUCAGCAUUAAUAUUUAGUAGUGAUUCAAUAUUCAGGGUUCCUACACAUCCUGGAAAUGGAAUAAAAUGACCAAAUAUCCUGAAAGUCUUUAAUAGUAUUUUAGCCCCUCACUCAGAUCGCCGAAGUAAUCCUGGGUUUGGAAAGAUAAUCUGCGCAGUGACACUGGGAAGCGGAGUUACCAGACACAAAGUGGAACGGACCUGCUGCCAUCUUUUUGAGCCGUGAGUGAAAUUCUCUGAGAAUCUCAGUUCAGAUUCUACCGGUGGUUAUUAUCUACAACAGACAGUCUGUCCGCGAGUGGUCGACCAAUGUGGGCUUAUCAGAGGAAAGUUGUGUAUAAGUCCAUUAUUCCAUGCACACUACAAACCUAAUAUAACUAUAAAAAAACAUACAAAUACAUUGGGUUAUGCUGUAGAGAAUUUUUUUGUAAAUCAGCUUUGUGAGUGCAGAAAUCUGUCAAUGCUGACAAUCUCCAAACGCUAGAUAAUUAACCCAUUCAUCAGUUAACGAUUAGAUUUGUGGUAUUGGUUGAUAAAUACAUGCCCAGCGAUGUUAAUUCUACGCACACAGAUGCGCGAAGAUUACAUUUCUGUAAAAUAAAAUAAAUCCUAUUUGAUUUGAACUAUUACUGCCACAAAAGUGAGCAUAAGUAAAAAAAAGAAUAAAACUGCAGUUAAAUGAUUCAGUACUAGACCUCCCGGUGGGUUAUCUGUCUGUGAGCAGGCUGUCCUGUAUUCUGAGAAAACCUCCAGGACAAGGAUAAAGUGGGAACCCUGAGUAUCACAGUUAGGGAUUCAUUUGUUGAUAUUUCUGUGUUGGCUUUUUACCAUGCACGGUGUCCACAUUGUCUUCAGUGUGGGGACCAGUUAAAGGUGUUAUGAAGGCAUUAAUACUCCAGGGGGCGCUCUGUACCAGGACUACAGGAUUAUCAGGGACCACUGAAGCCCUCUUGGGUAUUGUUGCAGACUCACAGCUGAUGGGUUAUUUUUAUGUUUUGCUGCGUCUCACAGGGUCAAAAAUAAUCCUUCAUGUAACUCAGAUGAACUUUAUUUGAGCUGUUUUUGUAUUUGUUACGAUGAGACGCACCUAAAAACCAAAAUGCUGUUUUUUCUACUGCUUAAAAAAAGAGAAGGUACAGGCUGAUAUGUACAGGUUGUUGUUACAAUUAUUUUAUUGCUUGAUUUUCAGAUGACGCCAUUCCGGAAAUGGAUUCCAAUGUUUUUUUGUGUGUUCUGACAAGCUGAUGAUAAUUUAAAUUGCUUUGUUUUUUGGUCGAGUUUCUGCUUUUUUUAAUCUAAUUUGUAACGAUGGUACGACGUGUCCGUGUUGGUCGUUUUAUUGUGGUAGGAGGAGUAUACUCAAUAAGCUGGGAGGUUCCCUGAAGUACGGCUGUACUGAGAUCAGAUUUAUUUGACUCGCUCAGUGUCUCUGCGAGAAUCUAGCCUGAUUUUACUGUAGAUGUUGCAUGAACCAGUGAAGUUGUUGUUUAGACUGUACUGUAGUGGAACUAGGAUUAAAUUAUGAUGUUUGAAA